UGAACGACCCAAAGAACCCCACGAAUGCCAAAAACGGGAAAAGCACUUUCGGUCUUGGAAUACAAGGAUCAAAGAGAUCAGCUUCACCCCCCAAACUUAUAGAAGUAGAAAAAGGUCACAUUGCUCGAUUUUGCCCCUUGGUCAGAAAUAACCAAACACAAAAAAAUAUGCAUUACAUCAAGACUAACCAGCCCAAAAGAGUAAAUUACUGCGAUACAAGUGAGGAAACCUACACCAACGAAGCAUGGGAAGAGGAAUUGUACAAUGUAAACCAACCAUACACCGAAAAAAGAAGAGGUCGACCACCAAAAAACCCGAUAAACAAUGUGGAAAACCAGGAACGAAAAAGAAAAAGAAUGGUUUCUCCACCCCCGAUGAAUAACAAUGAGGAAAUGACCCCGCAAAAUGACAUUCAAGUAAUCGUGUCCAUACCCAUCAUGCACACAGAUAAAGGAAAGCAAAAAGAGUGUAUACCGGAAGAAGUGGAACCAAGUGACCAUGAUGAAGACGAUGCAGAUGAACUAUUCGAUGAAAUUGAGUAUGAAAGUGAGGAAUUAGAAGAAAUUGAGAGUUUUGCUUCUGACAAUAUCUUAACCGAUGAUGAAGGAUCUGAAGAAUUAGAGAACAAAAUUGUGGAAACAGAAAGUCCGGCUGUUUGUUUAGCGGUAAUGGAGGAAAUACCUACUGGAAAAAAGGCCCCUACUAAUGAAAACCCAACGAUAGAAGAACAAUUGAAUAAGAUAGAAAAAAAUAGGAACUUAGGAGAAUACCAAGAAAGUGUAAAGGAACUAUUCAAAAAAAACAAAGAACUAUUCGCAAAUGGACUUGAAGAACUCGGGCGCACUGAGCUGGUAAAACACGUGAUCAAGACCCAAGACGCUGAACCCAUUAAACAAUCACCAUACCGGAGAAAGGAUUAA